AUGCCAUCAGGUGUCACGAUCUCCGACGAAAGCAUAAACGCCUACAAAGACCUCCUCUAUAAGCGCGGCGCAGCCAAGCCAAAAUUCAUCAUCUACAAGAUCACCCCCGACGAACGCUCCCUCGUCGUAGACGAGAGCUGUCCCGAGAAGGAGUACGAGGCCUUCCUGCACAAGAUCACGGCGGAGCCUGAACCCCGAUAUGCGGUAUACGACGUCGAAUAUGACUUGAAAGAGGACGGGAAGAGGGCCACGACGGUUUUCAUUACUUGGAUGCCGGGGGCAACAUCUACUCGGUUGCGGAUGCUCUAUGCCUCGACCAAAGAGCAGCUCCGGCGAGCCCUCGACGUCAAGGUCUCGAUUCACGCUGACGAACCGCAUGACCUGGAAUGGAAGAAUGUGCUGAGCGUGGCGUGUGGAGGGCGAUUAUAA